GCGGCCAAGGAGAAGGACAAGGCGAGGGAGAAAGAGCCGGAAAGUAUCUCCGCGCAGUGGCCACCAAGAUGCCCAGUGAAAACCCCACAAAUAGAGCAUGGACGCAACAGCAUCUUCCUUUUAACUGGAAGAAGACAAAAUGGAACAAGAUGAAGUGCCAAUGGCUUGGAACUUUCUUUCCUUUACUCAGGUGUCCAUUCUUUUGGAACAAGAUAUAGCAGGAGUUCAAAAAAGUUUGGAAGAGUUUCUUAAUUUGAAAGAACGUUUGACAUCUUUGAAAGAAGCUGUGUUAUUGGAUUAUUACGUCUCAGGAUUUUGGUGGGCUAAAGCAUUAGAAUUCACACCUGUGCAAAUUGGAGGAUUUCUGACUCUGUUAAAUUUGCUGUUGGAGAACCUUGACACCCAGCAUAUGACACUGCAAGAAAACAUCCAAGAACUUGGAAAUGCGAUGGCUGGAAUCGGGCAGAGUCAUUCAGAUAGAAGUGGUGGAUUCGAGUUCUUCACUGUGGACCAAGCCCACGCUAUCAUUAAUUAUUUGAAGAUCAGCUUAUUCCAACAUUAUACGCUAUAUGAGUAUCUUUUCCACAGUCUCAGGGAAGAACUUGUGAUUGGAGAUGAGAAUGUUGUAGAACUAGUCAAGGCUGCAGACCUCCCUUUCCCGGCUCCUUUGGAAGAAGGGCUGCCCUGCAAUAUUUAUUCCAAAUUUAUAGCAAUGGCUCCUGAGGAAGAGGGUGCAACCCAGGAAACGGAUGGAGGGUCUCUUUCAGAAGAGCAGGCUGAAGCUGAAAGCUUCGUAGAUCCUUUGACAGGUUACACCAUAGAAGAUGUCCAGUCAGUACUGGGCCAAAUCACCAGUGAAAUUAUUGGCAACGUUCAGUCCGAGAUAAACGAAAAGCUGCAAACACAGGAGGAGGCCUAUUCGGCCAGAAUAGACAAGCUGAAGAAGGCCUGAAAGAAAAACAUGUCCAAGCAGAGUGAUGGGGUGUCUUUCACCGAUCGUUUAGAUGUGUUUUAUUUCCUAAACUCAGCAUAAUUGGGUCAUUAUUUUGCCAUCCACUGCUCUGACAUCACUAAUGUAACACUUGUAGAUCUAUUGGAUGUAUAUUUUGUAUUAAAGUUGGACCUUUAUUGAAAUAAUCUGGGAAAAAUGAAAUAAAUAGUGAAAUAAG